AGCACAGUGCAGCUGUGUAGCUGCGUCAUCAGGAGGACUGCAGGAUCCUGGACCCACAAACGCAGAGACAGGCAGAGAGAGGCAGAAACGGGCAGAGAGAGGCAGAGCUCAGCGAUGGGACAGAGACCAACGGAGGGGAGACAGGGCAACUACAGUGUACACAUAUCUCAGACCAGUCCUGCUGCAGUCCUAACAGGUGGAGGAUGAAGUUCCGAGCCUCUGCUUUUAUCAAAAUGUUGGUGGUGGUUUUGUCCAUCACCUUUGUCCUCAGUGUGAGUGCACUUCCUGCAGAUACAGAGAAAGGGAGGAGGAGAGUGGUCCAUGUUCUUGAGGAUGGCACAGGCGCAGUGAUAGUACAGACUGCUCCUGGUAAAGUGGUGACCCAUCGAGGUGGUUCCAUAACUCUACCCUGCCGUUUCCACCAUGAGCCCGAAGAUAUAGACCCGUCCCGCAUUCGAAUCAAAUGGACCAAGGUGACAGACGCGCUGCAGUUUGAGGACGUGUUUGUGGCGCUGGGAAGGCAGCAGCGUGUGUUUGGGAAGUACCGAGGGCGUGUGUUCCUGGAGGAGGCAGGGCCAGGGGACGCAUCUGUCAUCAUUCACAAUGUGACUCUGGACGAUUAUGGACGAUAUGAGUGUGAGGUUACCAACGACAUGGAGGACGACACAGGCUUUGUCAACCUCGAUCUGGAAGGAGUGGUCUUCCCCUAUUUUCCCCAGGUGGGGCGCUAUAAGCUCAACUACCACCAGGCGGAGGAUGCAUGCAAACAACAGGAUGCUAUUUUGGCCUCUCACUCUCAGCUGCACAAGGCCUGGUUGGAGGGGAUGGACUGGUGUAACGCGGGUUGGCUGGAGGAUGGCUCAGUGCAGUACCCCAUCUCUCACCCGCGGGAUCAGUGCGGGCGCAAGGACACCCCGGCUGGAGUGAGGAACUAUGGGUACAGACACAAGGAGGACGAGCGCUACGAUGCUUUCUGCUUCACCUCAAAGCUCAACGGCAAAGUGUAUUUCCUGAAACGCUUCAAAAAGGUGAACUACGCCGAAGCAAUCAAGGCGUGUGUCCGUGAUGGCUCUGUUAUUGCCAAAGUGGGACAGCUCUACGCAGCAUGGAAGUUUCAGCUUUUGGACCGGUGCGAGGCAGGCUGGCUUGAGGAUGGGAGCAUCCGCUACCCCAUAGUGAACCCACGUGCACGCUGUGGAGGCGACUGGCCCGGAGUGAGACACCUGGGGUUUCCUGAUAAGAAAUUCAGAUUAUAUGGGGUCUACUGCUUUAGGAAGAAGAUAGAGGAAGUGUCAGGUGUCAUAGCAACAACAAAGAGUCCAAUGAAGAAUAGAAGUAGUCUGAUUACAAAUUCUACUGGGUCAGCUUAAAGGACUUUGGACAUCAUUAUACGCCUUAUUUCCACCAAGAUGUUUUGAAUGGUUACAUUUGCCAAUCAAAUUCAGAAUACACAUUUGCAACAAGAAAAAAUAGGAUAGAUGGUCAGGCUAGAGCUGUGAUUUUGUAUUGCAAUUCCAAAGCAGGACUCACAAGCCAAGAAAAAUGUUGGCAUGUAAAAAAAGAAAAAGAAAAACAUGUAACAGACAUAUAACAUGGCAAUAUCUAACAUUUUUCAAGAUUUUGAAGCCAAGUCAACUUUUAAGAGCUUUCAACCAUAUUAAAUUGUUUUCCCUGCUCAUUUACUCAGUCAAAGUUGUAUUUAGAAUCUUUAUUAAUCUUUAUUCUCCUACAGUCAAGAUGCUAUUAUUCCCAUUUCCCCCUACCCCCCAUAUGGCCAUAGCACUGUAUUUUGGCACAAAUGAAGAAAAAAAAAUGCUAUUUAAAAUGUUAUAAAUAUAAAGUAACUUAUCCUUGUGUGUCAUAGAUUAUAACUAUAUUGCAGACAAAAGCAUAACAUGUCUACUUUACUUCUACUAUUGCCCUUUACUAUAGUCUUAUAUCAUUUGCAAAGCCGGCCAUAACAAACUGUAUUAACCUCUUGGUGGAGACAAGACUUAAGAUCCACAACUGUCACCCUGAAGUCAGACUCCAUCUUUACACUUGUGAAAUCAAAGUAGAUGUAGACAUUUGCUGAUUUGUGAGACGGCAGUGAAAAAUUACGGUUGACGUCUUGAUUAGGACAAUUUUCCCCUUCGUCUCUAGUCAGUCAAUCACUCCGAGGAGCGCAUCUGUCUGUGCCAGAUUAAACAGCAGUUUGAUCAUCAAUCAACAGCAUAUCAGGCAUCAUCUUAUUUACCUGCACGCGGGCGGGCGUGCAUAUCCGAUUCAAGUAAGUGUCAAAAGAAGACUGGAAAGGGAUUGGGUUGAAAAUAUAGUACUGUGUCAAAGACCUAACUAGAUUUUAAAGACUGAUAAAGGCGUAUCAUACAAAACCAGGCAAACAUUACAUAGAGAAAGUGUAAAAAUUACAGCUAGAAACAGGAGUUUACUCUAGGCAAGGUUCUGGUCUUAUCUUUAAGUGUUUUCGCUGUCUGAGUCUCAACUGAAACACCAAGACCUUCAUUUUCAGGAGUAAAUGCUUUUGUCAAAUGGGCUACAAAAUGUUAACUUGUAAUCCAAAAAAUUAAAGUAAAAUAUAGCAAAGAAACCCCUCCUAGAUCAGACUAUCCUGGUUCUUGCUCCAUUUUUGUGUUUUCUACAAUUUUCAUGACAGAUAUCAAAGGAAAAUAGUUAUAUUUAUAGACACACUUUAAAUGAGUUAGUUCUGAUUUUCCCAACCCACAGUGAAACUUUUGCACAGUACCAUAUGUUUGUAAGUGAAAUUGCCUGCCUUGAUGCCUCGCUUAGUUGGUAAAUAAAAUUUUCUUUAAACUUCCUUCAUUAAACAGGCCUAGUCGAUGCUGCAGUCGCUCUGUGAUAUUUGCUCCUCUUAAUGAAAAGCUUUAGUUUCUCUGAUGCACUUUAGGUAAGACUUAAGCGAGCAUGUGUUGUUUGGCUGAACAGGCAGAUCUCCAAAGUCGCACAAUAUAAAGCUUUUACCUCAUGUGAUGCACCUUAUUGCUCUGGCACUUUAUGAAAUAUUCAAUGUAAAACUAUGUUGACACUCUGGAUGUUAAGACAAAUGAAAAUAAAGUACUCAG